CUCGCAGAUGGAAGGCUUCGAUACAUCGAACUGCAACCGCGCGACGUGGGGUAGAAUAUAAUCUGGUGCGCUCCCCCCGGCCCCCGCGAACAACUUCCUGCUUGCACGCAAGCCACUCCGAGGCCAAGUCUAGGGUUUGGGAAUCUGUAGGAGGGGAGAGGGGAGCGCGCUCAGGGUCAGGGAGGCGAAGAUGAUCGAGGUGGUGCUGAACGACCGCCUGGGGAAGAAGGUGCGGGUGAAGUGCAACGAGGACGACACCAUCGGCGACCUCAAGAAGCUGGUGGCGGCGCAGACGGGGACGCGCCCCGAGAAGAUCCGCAUCCAGAAGUGGUACAACAUCUACAAGGACCACAUCACGCUCAAGGACUACGAGAUCCACGACGGGAUGGGGCUCGAGCUCUACUACAACUAGGCGCCCUGACCCCAACCGUGCCCUGAUGUUAAUCCGAAUUCUGAAGUCAUGGGUGCGCUUCCAGUCACAGCGUCUUUAGCUAACAAGCUCGCAUACAUAUAGGCAACUUGAGUGAGCUAUGUAGUACGGAUAUGGUUGUGUGGCAAACUGCCAAUGACUAUUGACAUCCUUGCAUAUAUUGACAUGUGACAAGGAUCAACCUGCAAAACUGGUGCCCUGCUACUCGCAGACCUUAUUAUCUUAAAUAACACAGGUGGUGUGUUUUUCAAUUAUGUGAAAA